UUAAUGAGAUUGAAAUCUGUUGAAUAAUAAUAAUACUUAUAAACUCAAUUUUUCAAUAAUGUAGAAUGAAGUACCAAAUUUUAAGUUUUAUUGUAAAUUAAAAUGUCGUCUCGUCGGGGUGGCAGUAAGACUCGUUAUUCCCGCUCUAACCAGCAUGCACCGGCACGUCCUCCUCCAAUGGUUGUGACGCCUACACCACAACGCUCUUUAUUUAGAGAUGCGGCUGCUGUUGCUGGAGGCGUUACUGUAGGCACUGCUGCGGGUCACGUAGCCGGAGAAGCCAUUACAGGUUUGUUUUCUGGACGACGCCGGGAAGAAGUCACCCAAGCUUUGCCAAGAGAUUACCAGCUUGGUUCUGAACCAAACGGCCCUUGUGCAUAUGAAAUAUCCCAAUUUCUUCAAUGUGCCAGCAGUCGAGACAAUCUGCAGGAGUGCGAGGCUUUCAACGAGGCUUUACGCGAAUGUAAACGUCGGAACAGUAAGACUAUUACCUAAGUAUUUUAAUUCCACGGCGAAGGA